AUGGCAAGCCAAAUGAUGAAAUUCAUGAAGAUGGUGCGUUCCAGGCAGACGGCGGGAUUACAAGCGACAUAUCGCAGAUUUUCGGACGCGCCGGUACCAAGAAGACGCACUGAGAAGUUUGGACCAAUCACUUGGAGUGGACUUGCAUUAGCUGGUGUCGUUGGCAGUGGUGCCGUCUACUAUUACUUUUCAGAAAAGGAUCGUUUACAGACUCAAACAACAUCUAAGGUGACUUCUGUGGGAAAGCCGCUGUUAGGAGGACCAUGGACACUCGUAGACUGUGAUACAAGACGUGCAGUGACAGACGCGUCGUUUCGUGGCAAGUAUACACUGUUAUACUUUGGCUUUACGCACUGUCCCGAUAUUUGCCCGAAUGAGUUAGUGCGUAUUGGGAACGUUCUCGACAAGCUCGAGACAGACAAAACUUUGCCGGAGGUUGUGCCAUUGUUUGUUACAGUGGAUCCUAAACGUGACACUAUCGCACAAAUGCAACUUUACAAAGCAGAUUUUCAUCCGAAGAUGAAAAUGCUCACUGACCACUCGAUUGUGAUGUAUCUUGUUGGUCCGGAUGGAGACUUCCUUGAUUUUUUUACUCAAAAUGCCCGGGUGGAUGACAUUGUCGCAAAGAUAAAAUCGUAUUUUUGA